AUGGAGGUGUGGCUAAUUAGCCUGCUAACUAUACUAGCUGCUUGUAUAACUGUAACAGUACAGCAGAUAGAUGAACAACAAUGUAUGAUUGAUAAUGUUGGUGGCUGUCCAAAAUCCAGACCACCAGUGUAUAUGGUGAUAGCACCUAGAAAAGUACGUCCCAAUCAAGUUGUACAGAUAUUCACCAGUAUUUUAAGAUUGGAAUACAGCCAUAUCAAUGUCAGAAUAUCUGUUGUCAAAGAUAACGUAGAAUAUGCUGGAACUUUGAUGAAAUUUGAUAGACCCUCCAGUCGUAUUAUGCAACUCCUGAUGCCCCAGAAUUCUCAAGAAGGGCAAUACAGAUUGCGUGUAGAGGGAACAUUAAAUGGUGGAAUUAGUGGGUAUAUCUUCUAUAAUGAAACAGAUAUAUUAUUUGAUACCAAACAAGCCUCGUUGUUUAUUCAGAUGUCUAAACCUUUAUAUAAACAGGGACAGCUAGUUCAAUUCCGAGUUAUUCCAAUCCUGCCAAAUAUGAUGCCCAAAUAUGGUUCUAUGACUAUUUACAUUGAUGAUCCAACAGGUAUACCUGUCAGAAGAUGGUUGGGUUUACAGACAAAUGCAGGAGGUUUAGUAAGUCAGUCAUUUCAGCUGUCAGAUCAACCGAACCAUGGAAACUGGUCCAUCAGAGUUGUAGCUUUUGGUCACACAUACAGAAAGAAAUUUGUAGUUGAAGAAUUUUGGACACCACGAUUUGAUGUAAAUGUCACAGUACCACCAUAUCUUAAUGAUACAGCUAUGAAUAUCUCUGGUGUUGUAUUGGCUAAUCAAACAUCAGGUCGUCCUGUUAUUGGUAAUGCCUCUAUUACAAUGUAUUUUAAACCACCUAACGCCCCACAAUAUGGUGACUACCCCUAUCUUUAUAGGUUCUAUAGAUAUCAUCGAGGACGAAUUGAUUUUAUGUUUACUAUGGAAGAAAUCAAGGAAUUGUCCGGUCGGCGAAUGAUUGGAAGUUUAGUGGAUAGUGAACUCUUAUUCCAUGUAAAUGUUUCCGAUUGGGACUCGGGAGAAAAUCGGACGGGGAAAGCGAGCACUAUUAUAUUUGACUCCAAGAUCAAGUUAAGAUGGAUAGGAGAUCCGAUAAGAACAUUUAAACCCGAUUCGGUUCUGAAAGUGGCGGUUGCUGUAACAAAUUUUGAUGGUACGCCAGUAAAAACUAAGAAUCAGAUAGUUCGGUUGUAUUCAACUGUAUCAAAUACUGGACCUGCUACUAUAAGUUAUACUAAUCCAAUCCUCGUACAGCCAGUACAGGGUAUUGCAGAAUUCAGGAUUUUUGCCAAUAAAGAUGCAGAGAGCAUAGUAAUGGAGGCUGAUUACCUAGGUGAUGAACUGACGUAUCAAGAUACACUGGAGCAGAAAAUACAACUUCGUGCCUCACGUUACUAUUCUCCUAGUAAAAGUUAUAUUACCAUAGAAACUUCUACCCAACAUCCUAAAGUCAACGAAUACAUGAUUUUCCACGUCAAAACCAGUAAUUUCGUUCCGAGAAUUUUCUACCAAGUAAUAUCUGGUGGUAACAUUGUUAUUGGUGAUGAAUUAGAAAUGACGUCCAGACAGAAAACAUUUGCUAUAGCGUUAUCUCGAGAGAUGAUCCCAACAGCACGUCUGGUGGUGUUUUAUAUUCGACAACCAGAAGAAGUGGUCGUUGAUGUUUUGAAUUUCUUCGUCAAUGGAACUAGACAGAAUCAGGUGAAGCUCACCAUUAAUCAAGGAAAAGAUUUUAGUCGAGAUUCAAUAGAAUUCAACGCCUACGCUGAUCCUGGUUCUUAUGUAGCCUUCGCUGCCAUGCCCCAUGAUCUGUUUAUUAGAGGGUUGAAUGAUGGCAUCAGUGAGAACAAUUUGAUCGAUGAAUUGGGAACAUAUGAUCAACCAGCCAAUGGAAGUUAUCGACAUCUGUGGCGUAUUAGUGAUACAGAGUAUGAAUAUAAAUUUUUCCAUGCUAAUGGAUAUGGUAUUGAUGCUAACACCACCUUUAAGACUGCUGGUUUAAUGGUAUUGACUGAUGCUAGAUUAGACAGAUAUCAGAAUGCUGAAGCCUGUGCACAACAGAAAUUGCUGCCAUGUUUUACUGGAAUAGGUAGUUGUUACAAUCCAGAUUUAAAGUGUAAUGGAGAGAUGGACUGUGCUGAUGGAGCUGAUGAAUGGGGAUGUCCAUAUAAAGAUGAUAGAUUAGUUAUUGAGAAUGCUAUGGAUAGAGUGAGUCGAGUUGACAGAUUUUACGAUGACAGCUCCUGGGCCUGGAAUGAAAUCUUUGUCAAGCCUGAUGGACGUGUAGAUUUCCGUGUGAAUGUACCAAAAUACCCACUAGCUUGGGUGAUCAAUGGUUUAUCAAUCAGUAGAGAGAUUGGUUUGGGUAUCAUGCAGACGCCAAUCAAAUAUGAUGCAGCAAGGUAUAUGUAUAUACAAGUAGAAACACCCAGUGUUAUUGUACGAGGUGAACAAGCUGGUGUUCGUGUCACAGUGUUUAAUUACUGGUAUGUUGAUGACUAUAUUGAGGUAUUAGUAACAGUUCAUGAUGAUCCUCAAUAUGAUUUUGUGGUGGUAGAAGAUAUGGGUAUAGUGAAAGCAUACAGUCCACGAACACACAGCGGAGAUCAUCAGACUAUUCUAUUUUUGGAACCAGGUCAAUCUAAAGAUAUCUACAUGCCCAUUGUACCUAAAAUAGUGAAGGGUCAAUUUGAACUGAAAGUUUCAGCUUCUUGUUUCAUGGAGAGAGAUUUUGUUAGAAAAACCAUCACAGUUAUACCUGAUGGAGUAGAGAAUUAUUACCAUACCCCGUAUCUUAUUGAUUUGAUCCGAUUUGGUGCCUUGAUUAUUCCUGAUUUUGAUGUGCCGGUUCCUGAAAGAUUCGUCGUUCCUGAACAGCGAGAGCAUUUGUAUGUACCUGGUUCUCCAAUUGGCCAUCUCAGUAUUUUUGGUGAUGUAGUAACCCCAGGAUUUUUUGAAGAAUAUUUGAACGCUGAGAAUAUUUUACAUCGACCAUACGGUGCUGGAGAAAUGAUCACCUUUAAUUUUGCCUAUAAUAUGUGGACGUUGAAAUUUAUGAAAGCUUCAAAACAACUGACUGAUGCUACAUUAAAGAAAGGACUUUACAAUAUGAAUUUUGCUAUGCAGAGAAUGUUGGGUUACAUGCAUCAUUCAGGAUAUAUGUUUAUGUUUAGAGAUGAUCCUAGACCCAAUAUAUGGUUGACAGCGUUUUCUGUAAAGACAUUCCAUACAGCUAGAUAUGGUGAAUGGGAGAGAGAUUUAUUUAUACCUCUAGAAUUAAUCAAUAGAAUGGUAGUGUGGCUAUGUAACGCUCAGAACAAAACAACCGGAGCCUGGGACCCUGAUACUGAUUUCUUAGCUUCUGAUAGAAAAAUGACAUCCUAUGCCAGUAUUGCCAAUGAAGAAAUGUACAUGGAUCAAGUUCCACUCACAGCCUAUGUAUUAAUAGCUUUAUAUACAACAGAGGAUGUCUCUGGGGAUGCCUUAGUUUGUAUAGACACAGCCAAAUCAAUGGCUGCCAAUUACUUAUCAAACGAAGUAGAAAAUAUCGACUCUCGCGAAAUAUUCCAUUUGGCUAUAACAGCCUAUGCAUUGUCUUUAACUCAAGAAAAGAGUGUGGCGCCAUUUAAACGACUGUGGGACUUAAGGAGAACAGAUAAUGAAAUUUAUUUUGCCGAUCAGAAAAUUCAGAAAAAUCCUACAACUAUUAUUAAUACAGUUAGAUUUUUACUGCCUAGACAAGAAUUAAUGAAUGAAGGUUACGCUGUUCAGUCGACAGCCUACGCUCUGAUGGCUCAUAUUAAACACAGUACUGUUAAAUACGAACGAGAUGGUAUGAUGAGAUGGUUACAAACUAUGAGAAAUAGUAUUGGUGGUUUUGCAUCAACCCAGGAUACCAUCGUGGCUAUGGAAGCUUUGUAUGAAUUCACUCAGAAUGAUCCUAAUAGAAACGUGUUUGAUAUCAUGGUACAGUUAGAAUCUACAGCCACUCCUGAUUGGAAAGUUAAACAUUUCCUCAAGAAAGAUAAUUAUACUAAUUUACAAAAUACUUUUUUACCGACAGUUUGGGGAGCAGUGAAAAUUUUAACCCAAGGUACAGGUCGAGCUUUGAUGCAGUUGACCACAACAGUAAAUGUAGAACAUAAACAGUUUCUAAAACAACCACAACGAGAAGACCCCGAGGACCCUGAUAGUCCUGUUAUUGCGUUUUUUGACCUGAUUAUUGACUAUGUGAGAUAUUCUGGUAGGAAUUCAUCCAUUAUGGAGAUGAGACCAUGUGUUAGUUGGUUAUAUACACAGAGAAGUUUAACUAGUGGUUUAUCAGUGUUAGAGAUUGAUAUACCUACAGGAUAUGUUGUCAUGAACGACACACUACGAGAAUACGUCCAAUCAGAAAUAGUACCCAAUUUAAAACGAGCUGAAUUCUACGGAAGAAAAGUUGUCUUUUAUUUCAGCCAUUUAAGCCCAGAGCAGACGUGUGUGUACUUCCGUGCCAAUCGUUGGUAUCCUAUAGCUAAUGCUACAAUUCAACACAGAAUGAGAGUUUAUGAUUAUUAUGAGCCUGGUAUGCACAAUACAACAUUCUAUACAACCUAUGGUCUGUUUAAUUUAAAUAUAUGUUUUGUAUGUGGUUCAUAUCAAUGUCCGUAUUGCCCGUCAUUUAAUAUCGGAACUAUUCUGAAAGCAUCAUUCACUUUAGUUUGUCUGGUAUUUGGUUAUAUUGGUCAGCGUUAUUUACUGCGGUCCUGA